ACGCCUACUAGAAGACUAUUGGUGAUGUAGUACGAUGAAAGAACUAAACGAAGACUCCCUUUCACUGAAGUGAACACAUGGCAUAACGCGUAAUAAUUUCAGUUAGAAUUCAGUCUCCCCUCUGAUUUGCGGGAACCAAAUCCUACCAGUAAAUCGAAAAAGAAAUCGACUCAUUCGUUUUAGUCUCCGCUCUGACCUCCAUCUUAAAUAAUCUACGUGCCUAUUUGCGUGAUACCGAGAGACGACAGCACUGAAGUAAAAACUGAAAGCAGUUAUAUUCGUGUACAGUGACAGUCAGCGGUCGGCUCCUGCCCUCAAUCCAGGCGUCUACAUUGAGUGUUUUGGUUAAUUAUGGAUGACUAUGUGGUAAUUGAGGAUGAAGAAGUGAAAGAGAUUAGAGAGGCACUGGAAGAAAGUAAUUUGGCUUCAGCAGCUGAAAAGAUUCAAAAUUACUUUAACCAGUUGGACCACGUUACACUUAAUGUUGCUGUCACUGGAGAGUCAGGAUCUGGCAAGUCCACCUUUGUCAAUGCCUUCCGAGGCGUGGGGGAUGAUGAAACCGAUUCGGCCCCCACUGGUGUAGUGGAGACUACAAUGGAGCCAAAGUGUUAUCCCCAUCCCAAGUAUCCAAAUGUUCAAGUGUGGGACUUACCUGGAAUUGGAACACCGAAUUUCAGGGCAGACGAAUACCUUCAGAAAGUUGGAUUUGAACGCUAUGAUUUCUUCAUCAUCAUUGCAUCAGAACGUUUCAAAGUCAGUAAUGUGGAACUGGCCAGAGAGAUCCAGAAAAUGAAGAAGAGGUUCUACUUUGUCCGUUCCAAAAUUGAUGACAACAUACGUGCAGAAAAAAGAAAGAAGAACUUUGACCAAGACACAACACUGAAUCAGAUUCGAGAGGACUGCAUUAAAGGUCUUCAGACAAAUGGUGUGGAAUCUCCAGUUGUCUUCCUGAUUUCCAGCUUUGACCUGGGUUACUAUGACUUCCCUUUGCUGGAAGAGACUAUGGAGAGAGAGCUCCCCAAGCACAAGAGGAAUAUUCUGCUACUAUCCUUGCCCAAUCUGACGCUGGAAAUCAACAAUAAGAAGAAGGAGGCCCUGCAGGCUGACAUAUGGAAGAUGGCUCUACUAUCAGGUGCAGUGGCCACAGUGCCCAUACCUGGGUUAUCAGUGGCAGUAGAUGUCACUAUUUUGGUGAAGGAGAUUACCAGGUAUUAUCAGGCUUUUAGCCUGGAUGAUGAAUCGUUGCAGAACCUCUCAGCCAGAACAGAGGUCCCUUUGGAAGAACUGAAAGCAGUUUGCAAAUCUCCCCUGAAUAAGGAGAUAUCAGCUGAUGUGAUUAUUAAGCUGUUGACCAAGGCAGCUGGGGCUAGUUUAAUGGUUAUUGAAUACUGGGUGAGUACCAUUCCAGUUCUGGGAUCCAUGGCUGCAGGAGGAAUCUCAUAUGCUACCACAUACCAAAUGCUUAAGAGCUGCCUGAAUGAGCUGGCUGAUGACUCUCAAAAUGUGUUAAUGCGGGCUUUGCAGUCUGAAGUAUAAAAUACUACUAGCUGUUCCAUAAUUAUUUUCUGUUUGUUGUAAAAGAAUCUUUUCUAUACACAAGUUCUUACUAAGUUGUCAGUAAUCAAUCUAAUUAACAUACUUAUGUAAAUCAUUAUAUAAUAAUAAUAUACUAGCCAGAGUUCAAUUAAAUUGUUUGUUUAUUUUUAUGGAGUGCUCUUGUGAAACAGUGACAGAGCACUCAUCAAAGGCAUAAGACAGUUGUCCAUUCAUUAAAUUUCUAUAGUAAUCAUGCAAUUAUUAAAGCUGUAAAUAAGCCUACUGGCCACUGAGGAAAGAAACAAAGAACUUCUAUCCAAAAAGCAAGGGACAAAAAAAAUGCUUCUGGAAGUCAAAGUGCCAGUACCUGCCCACACCUUCUUGGCAUUGUUGAUUAAAAUAGACUUCUAAGUCAAUUUACACCUGUUUAUUCCAUUGUAACUCAGUGCUAAAAACUUGAUGUCCCAGUUCACAUAAGCAGGUCUCUUCCACUGUGGCAGGCAGUCAACAGCUUUAGCAUUCCUGACAAUAACUGGAAGACGAUUCCAAAGUUCAGACACUAUAUAGCUAAAGACACAACCUCCUACUAAAAUCUUAUUGAUCACGGGUACUUUAAGGUAACCCGCAUCCAAUGAAUAAAGACAACAUCUUAUUAAGGGAAGCUGGGGCAAUGCUAUUUUCUGCAUUAUAGGCCCAAAGUAAGGUUUUAUAAUCAACUCUAAACUGGAGUAGCUUAGUAGCACUCCGGU